CAAAAGCGUGAUAAUAUAAAACCUACUUAAGUUUUUGUGUUAAAUGAGAAAAAAAUUAAUAGCAUUACACAAUGAAACAAAUGACAAUAUUUGCUGUAAAACGCUGCAUGAAUAAUAUACUGAUGUAUCAAAUGAACCAAAUCAGACAGCAUUCAGGCACUCCCAGACAACCUGAUUUUAUCUUCAUAUUCAGUAAAGCUCCUAUAAUGUCAAACUUUUCCCACGAGUGAUUCUAAAGCUGUUUUUAAGCUGCCAUCCUUUGUUUUUGAGAAAACCCCCACAGUCUGAGUGGGUGUGAGAUGGAGGAUGAAGGAGCAAAGACAAUAAUAUGCUGUGAAGUGGGAUGUGUUUGCGGGGAAAACCAUGUUGUCAGAUUAAAGAAAGAAACUAAAGGUAAAUAAAUUGAAUUCUUUAGUUGCAUAGACAGAUAUAGAAUAUAGAUACAUAUCUGGGAAAUAAUGUGUUCAUUAUGUGCUCACCAGCAGAGAAUAAAGCACUGAUUAAUUGUUAGAAAGGAACCGAAUCAUUAUAUUCGAGUUACAAAUGUCGCAAAAGCUUAAAUCUGAGAACCAAAUGUAUUGUCUAUCAUAAAUGGCAUCCACAGAUGAAUAGAUAUUCAUCUGUUUCUAAUAGUAUUUUAUUACACUGAAAGCAAAUACUUUAAAUCAGCUAGGCGUUACCUAAUAAACUCAUAAUUUCAUCUAGAAGCACAUUGCUUAUUAAAAUGCAAACAACGAAAUAGAUCCUAAUCAACUUUAACUCACUUUAAUGUUGUUUCUUUAUACAGUAUAUUGUUCUGAUCUGGCUAGAAUUCAUUUAUAAAGAGACUAAAUGCAUAAGUCUUUAGCUCUAAAUCAUUAAUAAAGUCAGAUUCUGGUUUCGAAAAGGCCUUUUUGUUUCAGGAUAGCAUACAAUCAAUCGUGUGUCAUUUCCAAGAAAACGAUGGUGACAAAAUCUCAAACUUGUUGUUAAAAACAUUUCUAUUGAUGUAACCCAAGCUUGCGAUAUUCUGAACCACUGUUCAUUGGACAACACCCUCAGUACUUGUGUUUAACGCAGCAAUUGAAACGAGUGAACUGGGUGUUGUUCUGAAUCUCCAGCACACAAUAAGUCAAAAUAAAGAGUGUUGAAUCAGAUAACGCGUGACACUGACUUCAUCUUUGUCAGGUACUAGGUCAGUAUCUGUUAUACUGUGGGGUAGAUGUACAGUUUGUUGUUUGUCGGACAACAGCAGGGCAGCAGAAGCUCUGGAAAUGGAUAGGGUGUCAGUAUAAAAGGAGAGAAGUACUGAAAUCAGCAGUUGGAGGUCGUUCAAACUUGGGAGGUGAGGAAUUAUCACUGGCUUUCGUAAUAUUUCGGACACUUAUUUUCUUACAGUGCUGACAGGAUGGCUCAGUUAUUGUGGGUAUUUCUUGUGCUUGCUGCAACAUUCAAAGAUACAUUGCCACAAAGGAUCAUUGGGGGUCAAGAGGUCGUGCCUUACUCUAUCAAAUACCAGGCAUCUCUUCAGGUUGACAGGAAGCAUUACUGUGGAGGAACCCUCAUUCAUCCUCAAUGGGUGUUGACUGCUGCCCACUGCUGGAGACCGGCCAGUGUGAUUCAGGUGGUGCUGAGUGAGCACAAUCUUGCUGUAGACGAGGGAUUUGAGCAAGUGCUUGACGUGUCCAGAGUCUACAGUCAUUUUGCCUACAAUCCAAAAACUUUUAACAAUGACAUCAUGCUCCUUAAGCUCAGUGUUCCAGCUCAGAUUAACGCUUAUGUCCAACCGGCCACACUGCCAACUGUAGACACGCCUGAGUUACUUGGAGGAACCAGCUGCACCGUGAGCGGAUGGGGAGUGACACGAAUAUACAGUUUCUAUCUGUCACCGAUUCUGCGUGCAGUGGAUGUGUCAAUCAUGAGCAACUGCCAAUACUACUACUACUUCAGAGUAAACGACAACAUGAUAUGUGCGGGAUCUCGCUUCGGGGGAAAAGACGCCUGCCAGGGCGAUUCAGGUGGUCCUCUCAUUUGUGAUGGGACUUUAGAAGGCAUUGUGUCUUGGGGAAUUGGCUGUGCUCUUCCGUACUAUCCUGGUGUCUACACAAAAGUGAGAAACUACAGCCGCUGGAUCGACUGGAUCAUCAGCUCUGACAGCUGAAACAUAUGUGGGAGGCCUUUCCUUCAGUCAGAAUUAAGGAAAAUGUGUAAUCUGGCAAUAAAUACUACUUCAAGUACUGAUGCUUUCACAUUAUUGCAUCCAGAGUCUCAAUAAUUAUAGAUUAACAUGCAUAUUUUGGACUCUAAAAUCAUGAAAAAGCCUAUU